AUGUCUCCUAAUUCUCCAAUGGGCUCGUUUACUCAAGAAACGGACGAUUGCCCUUGUCGACUUUCGGAAAUUGAUUCACAAGGAUCCCCGUCGAUCUUUCGACCGUUUAUAUUAAGAAAUUCUCAUCCAUCGGAAAGGGAACAACAAUUAAAACAAAAACCGCUCCUUCAACCUGAAGUAGGGCUUGCAUCUUCUGUAUUAGAGACUAUACAGAAAGCGACAGAUGAAGAAUAUAAAGAAGCUUUAGAAAGAGAAGCUUCUAGAAGUAUACUUGAAAUAGAAUCAGGAUUUGAUGAUUCUGAACCGGGUAAUUCAAGGAACUCCGUUACAAUAGUAUUUAAUCCUAGAGAAGAUUUAUAUGGAGAUGAUACUAUUCCAGAAGCUUCACAUGUUCAUGAAACUAGAUGUAUUCAUAGCCCUUUAGGAUCAAGCUUAGCUAAUAAUGACAUGCCUAGAAUGUCUAAACAAAAGUUUUUAAAACGAAAACCAGUUGGCCAUUUAACAAAAACAUUAUUUGAUAUGGAUAAUGGUGCAAGCAAUAUUAAAGAAACUUUUGCUGUUAAUAAUAACGCAUUAAAUACUAAACUCAAAAUGAAUCCAUUAUUACUGAAUAAUUUACAGACUACUAAUGAAGACAUUGUCAAUAAUCCAAUACCGAAUAUAAAUUCAAGAUAUGAACUAAGAAAAAUUCCUGAACAAAGCAUUGAUUUAAAAAAUGAAUUAAGUAACAACCCAAAAGUUAGAUUGGCAGCACUAAAGAGCAGAUUAAGAGAUCUAGUUGAGAUGAGAAAUAUUAAAAAGGUCUGUGAUUCAGAAGAAAAUGUACCAGAUCAGGCAAAGAGUGAAGAAGAAUCUACAAUGGACGUUAUUAACAACUCUAAUGAGAUACAAACGAGUCUAGAGAAGGAAAAUAAGCUUCAAAUAUCAAAAGAUGCUAUUAUUGAAGAAAUGCAGCGACGUUUGGAUGAUUGCUUAAAAUCUGCAAGAAAAGCACAAGAUGAUAAUAAAAUCGACCAAACGGAUGCUGUAGAUAGCUUUGAAUAUGAUAGCAAAGAAGCAGAUGAAAGUGAAAUGGAAGAUUCAAUUGCAGAAACGAGUGAUAAUAUGAAUGAGCAGAUAUCUCACGAAGAAGUUAAUCAUACAUAUAAAGUAGAUACCCCAAAUUUACAACAAAGUACAGAAAACAAUAAUGCACAGCAUUCUGUGUUGGAACAAGAAAAUAAUGGGCUGGCAACAUUUAAAAAUGAUAUUUUAAAGAAAUUGGAAAACAUUAAAAAGUCUAUAAAAUCGAAAUUACAAGACACAGAUACAAUUACGAAGUCCUUAAUUUCUCAACCAAUAAAUGAAAAAACUAAUGUAAGUCAGGAUUUAAACAAUUCAGAUUUAGAUUCAGAAAGUAACCAGAAUAUGGCAGUAACUGUUACUUCUCAACCAUCAAAUGAAAAAGAUAUCACUAUUCAGGAUUUACAAAAUCUAUCAGAUUCUCUUUUAAAAGAAGAAAAUAAAAUAAAAGCUAGUACAACACCUUUGUCUGUCGAAGAUGAAGCAGUAUUUGAGGAGAACAAUGAAAAUAAAGAUUAUGACCUGAAUGAAGACAAAAGUGCUUCUUCAGAAUUAGACUUGAUAGAUACAGAAAUAGAUGAAAGCAAUGCAUCAUCAGAAGAUGAAGAACCAAUUACCAACGAAUCAAAUUUAGACGAAAAACAAGAAAACAACCCAAAAAGUUGCAAACAUACAAACUUCCAAACAAGUGAUUCAAAAGACAAUGAUAAUAACGAACUUGGCAGUGAUAACACACUUCUAAAAGAUUCAGAAACAAACGAAAUGUCAUCUCAAGCAAGUAACUUUAAAUAUAAUAGCAUUAUUCCGUUAAAUGACAAUUUAAAAGGUCCUACAUUGCAAGACACUUUUAGUUUAUUUAAAUCACCGUUACAAAUACCUAGUCUUGAAGAAAUAAAACAAGGUAUUACUGAUAUUAUAGAUGCUGGCCAAAAAGAAUCGGAAGAUUUUAAGCAAACGGAAUACGAUCCAUUGAAUGAAAGUUCUAAUCGUAAUUCAGUUUUAUCGAAUCCAUUACAAACAAGUUUAUUAAAAUCUAAUUAUUUAGGUAAACCUCUCACUGAUAGAUAUCUUAGACCUUUAGAAAAUGUACGUAAUAAUAUUGGAGGAUAUAAAAGUAUAUUUGAUACGUCUUUAAAGCCUUUGAUAACGGAACCAUUCGCUAAUCCAUCGACGUUGCGUAGCUAUCCAUCAUUAGCUUCGGAUAGACCAUUUUACGCGGGAAAUAAAAACUUAAAAGCAUCAUCAGACGCCACAGGAAUUUCUUCUCUAGAUGAUAUUACACGUUUCUUCCAAAGUCAGAAACAUCUGACACCUACAAAUAUUAACCUUCCAAAAACAAAUUUAUUAAAUUCACAAAAAGUAAAUUCGCUUACAGAUGAUUUAAAAUACAGAUUAGAUUCAAUGAAACCAGAAUUCAAACAACCAAAUCAUGGUAUUCAGUUAUUAAGUAAGCCGAGAUUAGAAAAGGACGAUUUCUUACAGUCGAUGUCAAGAAAACAUGAAGAUAUGAAGGAUAAAUUACAAUCUUUACAUUUAGAUUUUAAUGACAGAUUAGCGUCAAUGUACAAAAGACUUAAUGAUCAGAAAAAAAUACAAUCCAUAAAUAUACCGACAUUAAAAGCAAAAGAUAAUAGUCUAGGGUUGUCAAAAAGUGUACCUAAUAAAGAAACUAGUCGAAAUUUAAAUUCAAACGGUUCUAAUUUGGAUAACAAUUAUCUCUCACAGCCCCAAUUAAUACAAGAUCAUAGAUUAAUGAAGAAAAAAUUGACACCAAAACCAUAUUCUAUUCAUAAAGUAAAAGCAAACACGGGACCAUUAAAAGAAAAUGAAAAUAUACAUAUAAAUAAAUAUCCAAAACUCUCUGACAAACAUAAACUGAAUAUGAACAAGCAAAAAAAUUUCACGCCAAUAAGUAAAGUUAAAAUUUCGUUUACUACACCUAAACCUUUAUUAACUUCGAGUACAAAAGUACAAAAUAAAGAUCCUAUAAAAAUUCCUUCAAAAUUAUCGGAUAAUGGAAGAAAUGCUAAUUUAAAUACCAACUUGAAAGAUAUUUCAAAGGCAUUACGGUCUAGAUUUCAACAAUUAAGCGAUUCAAAUCAUUCACCAAGUGAAAUAAUUGAAACGAAACAAUUAAACGAAGAUUCAACAAAUCCUAAUUUUGGUCUUACGAGUGCAAAUAAUCAACCAAAAAUGAAUAAUAAACAAGAUUCUAAUAUCAUUCCUAAUUUGAAAGAAACACAACAAUAUAAUGAUAAAUCUAUACCAAAAAAGAUGGAAAAUCCAUUAAUAUAUAAUUUAAGAGACGCCCUGAAGGCUAGAUUACAAAAUAUUACAAAAACACAUGCAAAAACUUCCAAAAAUCCAGUUGAAUCGACUAAUGUAAGAGAAAACGAUGCGAUAGUGUCGCCAUCUAAUUUAAAAACUAGUGUACUAAGUAACCCAUUAAUAGAAAACACGUCAUAUAAAUGCGAAAACUUAGGAAAAAGAUCUUCGAAAGGAACAAGGGAUAGAAAAUGCGCAGAGCGAGUCAUCGAUGGUAAAUCAGUGGUUUGUGUUUGUAAUGAAACAUAUUGUGAUACUAGAACCAGGGAUGUUCCUGAUAAAGGGAGUUACAUAUCUUACACGUCUUCUCAGGGUGGUUCCAGAUUUAAGAAAAAAGUCGGAAAACUGCUUAAUAAAAGAUCAAAGAAAGCCAAGUACGAAUAUGAACUGGAUACUGGUACAAAAUACCAGACAAUCGAAGGUUUCGGUACGGCGGCAACCGGCUCCGCUGGAUACAACCUGAACACCUUACCAGCUGCAGCUCAGGAUAAUUUGAUCAGAUCUUACUUCAGUGAGGAAGGUUUAGAGUACAACAUGCUACGAGUACCAAUUGGAGGCUGUGACUUCUCUCUGAUUGAGCACGCCUACAAUGAGCUACCGUUAGAUGACUGUCAGCUGACUAACUACAGUUUAACUUGCGAAGAUUUGAAUUAUAAGAUACCAGCUAUAAAGAAAAUGAUGGAAGUAUCCAAGACUCCGAUACACAUUGUAGCAUCAACAUGGUCUCCUCCGAAAUGGAUGAAAUACUUCAACGAGCACAGUCCAAAUUGCGGAUUCCUUAAAACUGAAUACUUCCAGACAUACGCAGAUUAUCAUUUGAAAUUCUUAGUUGAAUAUAGCUCAAGAGGGAUUCCAGUGUGGGCGAUCACUACGACCAAUGAGCCGUCCGUUGCUUCCACCAAUAUUCCUGUAACGACCUGCCUUGGAUGGACUACCAAUCAGAUUGGUAAAUGGAUAGUGGAGAAUCUUGGACCUACAAUUCGUAACUCCUGUCAUAAAGAUACCAAAAUCCUUGCUCUUGAUGACCAUAGAUUUACGAUUGCCACUGAUUUUUAUGACAUAAUCAGAGACCAUCCUAAAGUGUUGGACUACAUUGAUGGAUUAGCUCUCCAUUGGUACUAUGACAAAGACGUACCGGUUCAGACUCUCCAGAAAUUUCAGCAGAACUAUCCAAACUUAUUUACAUUAUCCACUGAAGCAUGUGAAGGAUACCAGUUGUAUGCAAAGAAGAAAGUAGAUCUAGGAUCGUGGCAGAGAGCUGAAAAUUAUAUUAAAGAUAUCAUUCAGAAUCUCAAUAAUAAUGUAGUCGGUUGGUUAGAUUGGAACUUUUGCUUGGAUACUAACGGUGGACCAAAUUGUAUGAAAAAUUUCGUCGAUUCGCCAAUAAUAGUGGACUCGGAGAGAAGGGAGUUUGUUAAAGAGCCAAUGUUCUAUGCGAUGGGUCAUUUCUCUAAAUUCAUACCGAGAGGUUCCCGAAGGAUCGGAGUGAAGGCGAACUGUUCACCAAAAUGCAUCGAUGAAGCGGCGUUCCUAACGUCACGGAAUACUAUUGUAUUCGUGGUUUAUAACGACAGUGACAAAGCGACUAAAAUAAGUGUAAAAAUUGGAGAACGAGAAAUACCAUUGAAGCUGGAAGCGAAAUCAAUUACUACAGUAGAAUUUAAUAACGAUGACUGUAAAUGCAAAAGCAACUCAACUGCGGUUACAGUAUACGCGAGCUCCAAACCUGUGGUGUUGAAAUUGAAAGCUCCCCGCAUCUCUAUACAAAUAUGAAAUAACGUCAUAUUUGAUAAUGGCUGUGGAGUUAUACUGUCAAAACACAUCUGAAAAGCUAAAAAAAAAACAAAAAAAUAGAAUAUAAACGCGCGUGUCAUCUACUUAUCUGUCAAAGUCCCGUCAAAAUCAAUCCAGCCGUUAAGGCGACAGAC